AUGCGGGUGAAUCUGGCCCGGGUUUUCCGGCCGCAGAACUUGCAGGCGCAAUUAUCACAGAUUGGGCGACGCACCUACGCCUUGGAGUCGUCGCGCGGCGCCAUCUUCCGCGUCUUCAACUCGCGCACAAAAUGGCUCCAGAAAGAGCGAGCCGCGUCCAAUCCCGAGCUCAGCCGGCAGACCGACUACCUCAAGGACGAGGUGGCCAGGCGGGACAUCAAGCGACACUUCCCCCGCGUGCUCGACCUAGGCGCCAACUCGUGCAAUAUCGCGCGCGCACUCGUGCGGGAGAACCCCGACCCGGACCCGGCCCAUCCCGAAUCGCCGCCGCUCGCCGUCAGCUCCAACAUCGCGGAGCUUGUCGCCGCCGAAACCUCCUCUGCGCUGCUCCACCGCGACGCCGACCUUCCCUUCAACACGCAAGUUCCAUCGCUCAAGAUCACGCGCUAUGUGCUAGAAGACGAGGAGAGGCUACCCUUUGAUCGUGACUCGUUUGAUUGCGUCCUGAGCAGUUGCAGUCUGCACUGGAUCAACGACCUGCCUGGGGUGCUGUCGCAGAUUAACGGGGUGUUGAAGCCUGACUGUCCGUUUAUUGGGGCCAUGUUAGGCGGUGAUACGCUGUUUGAGUUGCGGACGUCGAUACAGCUGGCGGAGCAGGAGCGGCGAGGUGGUAUCUCGCCACAUGUGUCUCCCUUAGCUGACGUUCGAGACGUCGGGGGGCUGCUGCAGAAGGCAGGCUUCCAAAUGCUCACUGUGGAUGUGGAGGAUAUUGUAGUGGACUAUCCGGACAUGUUUGCGCUGAUGGAGGACUUGCAAGCCAUGGGAGAGGGGAACUGUGUGUUGAACCGGGAGAUGGGGCCCAUUGGGAGGGAUGUGCUGCUGGCAGCGGACGCUAUCUACAAGGCCCUGCAUGGGAAUGAGGAUGGAAGCAUCCCAGCAACAUUCAGGAUCAUACAUAUGAUCGGUUGGAAGGAGGGUGAAAAUCAGCCAAAGCCCCUAAAGCGUGGUAGCGGGCAGGUGAGUCUCAAGGACGUUCUGGAAAAGAAUAAAUAG